AUGUCUGGUGCUGGGAAAUGCUUGAUAGUGACAGGUCCUCCUGGUGUGGGAAAAAGCACUCUUAUUAUGAGAGUCUUCGAUACUCUCAAAGCUUCAAAUCCCACCCUCAAGGUCCAGGGUUUCUAUACUCGUGAAGUUAGACUCGCAGGUGAGAGGGUUGGUUUCGAAGUUGUCACUCUUGAUGGUCGCACAUGCCCACUUGCUUCUUCCACCUUUUCAAGCCAAGAGUCUCAAAGAUGGCCUAAUGUUGGGAAGUAUAAAGUUGAUGUAGCAUCUUUCGAGUCACUAGCACUGCCUGAGUUGCAGGUUAGAGAAGACACUGAUCUUUUCAUCAUUGACGAAGUUGGUAAGAUGGAGUUAUACAGUUCGUCAUUCUUCCCUGCAGUUCUAAAAGUUUUGGAGUCAAAUAUCCCAAUUUUGGCUUCCAUUCCAGUUCCAAAAUUUGGCAGAGAUAUAACUGCAGUUGCAACAUUGAGGAAUCAUCCAGGAGCAUCUUUGUUUACAUUGAAUGUUAGUAACAGAGAUGCUGUUCAAGAACAGAUACGCUCACUUCUGGAAGAUCUGUUGAUAAAGCACUAG